CUAAACCCACAACAGUAAAAUCAGUCUGUAUAUGCAGUAAAGCAUGCUUGUUAUACUCACCAUGGAACCUAAGGGGUUAAUCCUCUGCAUUGUGUAAAAAUGCUGUUUGAUCCUGUCUUCUCUGCCCUCCUCUUGUUACCUGAUACAGACUGAACCUGUGGUCACAUGCUCAGUUCGGUGUGUAUUGCUAGAGAGGUUUAUUUUUUUUGGGAGGGUGCAUGUGAUCAGCACAGGACCAAUCAGCACUGUCCAUACAGAGGUCAAGGUUUCACAUCCUCCUUGAGC